UUUCUUAAUUGUUUGAUUCCUUACUAUUCACCAUAAUUGCUGCACGAUCACAACAAUUUCUAGCUUCAGAGUAUAGACAAGCCCACAGAAAGAAUGCUACAGCUACUGCCUCUUCAUACCAGAUUCCACAAGGCAUUUGGAAAUUGGUAUGGAGUACUCAAGCUGCUCCGAAGGUUAAAGCCUCUAUUUGGAAAGUCAUUAAUGGAGCUUUACCAACCAGAUGGGAUCUAUGGAAGAAAAAGACAACCAAAACUCCAACUUGUCCAAUUUGUGGUGAAGAAGAUGAAACACUAGAGCAUAUCCUUUUGCUUGGCCCUUGGAGUAGUAAGGUUUGGAAAAUUUCCCCUUUAAACAUCAAGAUUGAUUGAUAUGAAGUGAGGAGGACAAAAGACUAGUUGAUGAAUCAACUCAGGAGGUUAAAAGAUAGAGACUCAAUGACUUAUGGGCAAUCCCUACUCGCUUAUCAAUGUUGGCUGAUAUGGAAAGCCCGCAAUGAAUGGAUCUAUCACCAUAGACAACCACAAGCAAGAGGAGUUGUCAAUCAAGCUUUGGGAGCAGUAGUUGAAAUCCACUCCAAGCAAGACACCCAAGAAAGGACAGUUGGAACAAAUAAUACAGAAUCCCAGUGGCAUCCCCCUCCAAAUGGCUGGGUGAAACUGAACUGUGAUGGAUCUUAUGAAGAGAAACGAAGAAAAGGGGCCUAUGGUGUGGUGAUAAGGGACCAUUCAGGAGUCUUUUUGAAAGGAGAAGGAAGAACCAUGACUGCAACUUCAGCCUUAACCACACAAGCUAUUGCUGUGAGAAAAGCUUGUGGACUGGUAUUGAAGGAGGAGUAUAAUGCUGCAGUAAUUGAAUUAGACUCCAUGCUUCUCAUUAACUCAAUCAAUAAUGGGACCGAGUUUAUGCAAAAGGAAAUAGAACAGAUAGUGAGAGAUACAGGACAAUAUGCUUCCAAAAUUCCACUGGGCAGAUUCAAGAAAAUCAAGCGCUCAGCUAACAUGGUAGCUCACACAGCUGCUACCAAAGCAAGAGAAGAAACUCUUUCACCUCAAUGGCUCAUUUGCAUGCCUCUACAAACAAUUGACUGUGUUAAUUACCACAGAAGCUAGGAAGGGAGUGGGUUAGUGGCAUCUCUAUAAUCUGUCUUUAGUUGCUUUAAUGAAAAGUUAACCUUCAUGACCAAACAAAAAACUAGUUAAGGAGCAACCAAUAUUUUUCAUAAUAUUUUUAAUAUAAUAAU